AACAUGAGAGUCUGCUUGUCGUCUGCAGUGGCCUGGUUGUUGUGUAUAGGUUAGCUGUUUGUCAAGUUUUCAAAUAUCCGACUGAAAAAACAAGUAUCGAGCGGACGUCAUUCAUAAAUAUGUAAAAAUACACAAUAUAUCGAUACUUUUUACGUUCACCAACUAGAUUACGAAUGCCGUUUGCAAUGGACUGUGUCACAAAGGCAGACUGUCAGUAACAAAAGUAAAAUAUAAUAAGUGGAUUACCAAAACAACAAAAUAUGACGGAUGGUAAAAGUUCCAAAUGCACUAAUAAUGUGCAUAGCGUUAAACUUUUAAAUUUAAGUUCUGGAGAAGAAAUUUGUUAUUCUGUUGUAGUGGUUGAAGGUGUAAUCAAAUCCAAUGAUGAAUGCAUGGCACCAAUGGACGUAACCAUAGAACAUAUGAAUGGCCCAUUAUGUGGUCCACCUAUUACUGUUCAUAAAAUCUCAAAGAACAUGACUUUCAAGGUUCUAUUAAAAUUGGAGUUGGGCAUGAAUAAAUUUAUUGUAAAUUUUUGUACAGUUCGUAAAGAAAUAAUUUUACAUUUUAGACCACGCCAAACAAAUUUCUGUGUUAUACCAGUUUAUGUUAUAUGCAAAGGACAUGAUGGCCGUUUCCAAGCACCUGAGUGUGAAGAUAAUUCUAUAGAGAGUGCUUGUGAAAGAAUUAGCACUGGAGUUCAUCUCAUACAGUCACUGUUUGCCGAAAGAUUACAGAAGGCUGGAUAUGGCAGGCUAACUUUUCAACUGCAGUCUGAUCUAGACCCGAUGGCCCCUGAUUGCCAUAUUCUGUACAGUGAUGUAUCAGUAGAAGAAGCACACAGUGCUUUGGCAAGUACACUGUGGACUUGGCUUGGUAGAGAAAUUAUGUUAUCUCAUUUUGGUAGCAAAGAAAGGAAGUACAUUGCUUUCCUGUCAUCAACGCAAUACAAUGGAAAUCACAUUAGAAAAGAUACCCUAACCCAUGAGGAAAUUGUGGAAUCUACCAAAGGCUAUGUUUCCCUCGGAGGAGGUGGCUUGGCUUUAGUCGGCACUGGAUGUUUAUAUACCUGGGCUACAUCAAUUGAAGAGGUGGUACCAAGACUUCUAAGUGAGGUAGCGGUAGACACCAAACUUUUCAUGGAUGAAAGCAAUUACAGAGGCACAUAUGGUGGUUGUUACUCAACAACUUUGGGGGCUGUGGCCCACGAAAUGGGCCACACUUUUGACUUGGGCCAUACAGCUCAUGGAAUCAUGGGUCCUGACUACCACAAUAUCCAUUGUUUACUUCUUCCUGAAGAAUCUACUCUUACCUGUGUUAAAGCUCCCUCUAAAUUAAAUUUGGUUAGAGAUACUUUAUUAUCAUCUACAAAGCAGGUCAAGCAUAUCAGUUCUGAGGGAGAAGAAAAAUAUGAGGCACUUGUUCAAGAACUGCAAGUGGUUUGGAGUGUGCCCAAGUCUCAACUGACUUGUGAAAAUACAGAUCUAUUACAACACAAGAAUCCCAAAGUUAUCAAGAAAUUUGGCAAGCAGCAGAUCUCUGAAGAAGUUGGACAUAGUAAAGGCAACAGAGCAACACACACAUUCUACACAAAUCCUGACACUAGUGGUGAAGCUCUUAAUUGUUUGAGUCCUAUUUUAGACAGAAAUGAUAUAUCACCUUUCUGGGCUACAAGUUGUCUAUCUAUUUUAGCAUUGCACAGGUGGUUCAAUCCAAAUGCAACCAAAGAAAAUUCUGGAGGUUUAACUUUCAACAAGGCCAAGAGGCAAAUUACAUCAGAGUAUGGUUUAGGAGUGAUUGAGAUUAGAGAUACUGAAUCGCUGUCAAUACUUCAUUGGAAAUUUUCAAGAGAGUCAGCGCACAAAGAAUUUACCAUACCUAGCCAAUAUAUUUACCCCAAGGCUGAAACUCUCUGGGUUAUUGACCAAGUAGGGAACAGCAUGACAUUUGAUUUGAAAAAGUCAGAAAGAGAAACAUAAUGCAGGCUCUUAAAAUUAGGAUAUAUCAUAAAAUAAGAAAAUAUUAAUGUGAUAAAAAAGUAUUUUUAUUAAUGGAAUUAUUGAAAUAUAUAACAUAUUUAUUAAUCCUA